AUGUCGUCCCAAUUUGCCGGACGGCCCUUGCGCCGCUUCGUCGUCGUCGUCAUAUUCUUCGCCAUCGUCACGCUGCUAUGGCGAAAUCCCGACUUCACCCCGUCGUUCCCAGGCCGAGCAACGGAGAUGAUCAACGGCUACAAGUAUGCGCCGAGCCGAUUCGACUGGAGCCGGAUCAAGCCGCGCUACGCCGUCGGGGACAUCAAGCCGCCCCCCACGGGACGGCCGAAGAGGCUCCCCAAGGUGCAGGCCAAGUUUGGCUCCGAUGCGCAGAACGACAAGACGCUGGCACGGAAGACUGCCAUCAAGAACAAGUUCCUCAAGAGCUGGGAGGCGUACAAGACGUAUGCGUGGACAAAGGACGAGCUAAUGCCUUUAUCCGGGAGAGGAAAGAAUACAUUUUGCGGCUGGUCUGCGCAGCUUGUUGAUGCAUUGGAUACGCUGUGGAUCAUGGGCCUCAAGGACGAAUUUCGGCUUGCUGUCGCCGAGGUCGCUCUAAUUGAUUGGCAGAGUACUUCCCAGAGGAAGAUCAAUUUAUUCGAGACGACGAUCCGGUACCUCGGUGGCUUGCUGUCUGCCUAUGAGCUAUCGGAGGAGCCUGUUUUGCUACUCAAGGCCAUUGAGCUAGGCGAUGCCCUUUUUGCAGCAUUUGACACGCCCAAUCGACUCCCAGUGAAAUGGCUCGAGUUUGAGAGGGCGAAGAAUGGCAGGCAGGAAGCUGAAACAUCCAUGUCCAUUGCUGUCGGAGGCACUCUGUUUCUCGAAUUUACCAGGCUCAGCCAGCUUUCAAAAGACCCCAAAUACUACGAUGCGGCUGAGCGCGUAAAGAAAUUCUUCAACGAGUACCAGCCCAAGUCGCAUAUCCCCGGUCUCUGGCCGCGCGAUUUGAACUAUCGCGAAAAGACAGGGACCGAAAAUCACAGGUACACCAUGGGCGCUGGGGCUGACUCCUUCUACGAAUACCUCCCCAAAAUGCACGCCCUUCUCGGAGGGUUGGAUCCCGAGUAUGAAAAGAUGACGGUGGCUGCACUUGAUGCAACUAGGGAUAACCUCCUAUACCGGCCCAUGACACCCAAAGAUCACAACAUCCUGCUGUCUGGCGUUGUCCUCUUUAAUGAUGACGGGAACGCCAGGUACUACGCAGAGAUGCAUCACCUCACAUGCUUCGCUGGUGGAAUGUAUGCACUUGCUGCCAAGCUCCUGAACCGCGACGACUACUUGGAUGUUGGAAGCAGGCUGACGGGCGGGUGUGUCUGGGCCUAUGACUCUUUCCCUACGAAUAUCAUGCCCGAGAUUUCCGAGCACAUCCCGUGCAAGGACAAAAACGGUCCUUGCGAAUACAAUCCAGAGUCGUUCCCUUCCAACUCCGAGAAUCCCCUCCCUGACGGCUUCGUGCGGGCUCGAGAACCCGGGUACAAGCUGAGGCCAGAGGCCAUUGAGAGUGUGUUUUACAUGUGGCGCAUCACCGGAGACCAGAAAUGGCGGGAUGCUGCAUGGAGGAUGUGGGAGGGCAUUGUGAAGGCGACGGAAACACAGCUAGCGUUUGCGUCGAUUGAGAAUGUUGCAGAGCAUGCAAGCGAGAAAGUCGACUCCAUGGAGACUUUCUGGCUGGCUGAGACGCUCAAAUACUUUUACCUCAUCUUUGAGGAUGACCAUGUGCUCAGCCUGGAUGAGUGGGUGUUCAACUCGGAGGCGCAUCCGUUUAAGCGCCCUUCGACUUCCCUUCGUGCAUUCACCACCUCGUGUCGACUCCACGAUGCCGCGGCCAAGAACCACUACGAGCGUCUGAACAUCCGCCACGAUGCCACGCCGGCCGAGAUCAAGAAGUCCUUCUACCAACUCUCCAAAGUCCACCACCCAGACGCCAACCCCUCCGACCCCUCAGCCUCCCACACCUUCUCCCUCCUCUCCGAGUCCUACACCGUCCUCUCCGACCCGCCCCGCCGCGCCUCCUACGACCGCGACGUCCUCCGCCUCCAGCACCACCACCAGCAGCACCGCCACCCCGCCGGCGCCUCCUACCACAGCACCAACAACCCCGCCGGCGGCCGUCCACCCUCCGGCCUCAGCCGCCGCAGGGGCACCUUCCACGGUCCCCCGCCCAGCUUCUACCGCAGCGGCGGAUGGGGCGCGCACAGCGAGAAGCGCCGCCGCGCGCACGAGGAGUCGACGGGCGGCGCCGAGUCGUCAGCAGCAGCAGGAGGGGGCACCAGUCGGGAUGAGACGGCGACGCACGGCGGCAGGCACGGCGGGAUGGGACCGGGCUCCGACCCCUUCGGGCACCGGCACCACGACGAGGUCUGGCACUUCGACAAGCAGGGCCACGAGCGGACGCAGAGGCACGAGGACCGCCGGCGGUGGGAGAGGGGCCGCCGCGCCGUGGACGACGACGGGGUCGAGUUCGAGCCCCAGAUGAGCCUGGGCGCCCACUUCCUCGUCGUGCUGGGCAUCCUGGCCACCAGCUUCGUCGUGCCCGUCGUGUAUCUGCAGUUCCAGCGCCUGGGGCGUAAGAAGCAGGAUGGAUACUGA